AUGGCAAGUCACUCGUACGACCAGUUCGACGACUACGAAGAACCAGACGGAGAAGCCUUAGCUGCAGGGAACAGGUCACUGGAAGAGCUUCAGCGUCUUUCUGCCUUUCAGCAGGUGACCACCAAGGUUCCCCCAUCUUAUGAUGGUAGAAGUAGCUGGUUUGCUUUCGAAGAUGCCGUAGACGACUGGUGUGAAUUCACAGAACUUGAACCAGAGAAGAGAGGACCCGCAUUGAGAAACAGACUUGAAGGUGAAGCUGCUAUCUACAAGAGAUUGCUUGAUCGAGAAGCUUUGAAGAACAAGGAAGAUGGAGUCAGGUACUUCAAGCGCUUCCUUAGGCCUUACUUCGUGAAGGGUGCAGCGAACGUUUUCCUCUACAGAUUCCAGCAGUUCAUGAACAUGCAUCGUGGUAGUGGUGAUAUGCUGAGGUGGAUGACAAGAUUCCAGCUGUCCUACCAGCGCAUGAACGAAUCAUGGAUGGACACUUUUGUUCCCCUAGUGAGUGAAAACGACCCCGUGGUGAGAGCCUAUGUUCUAAGACUACCUCAAGAAGAACAACAGGCAAUCACUCCCGAAGAAGCACUUCGCCGAGUCAACGAACAAGGGAGAGAAACACAUGGAAGAGCACUACCCAUCACAGCGAACCUCAUUGCCCUGCUGUUCGUGACCCUGUCAGACCUUACCCAAGACCAAAGACAAGUUCUUACUUCUCUUAUGGCGCACAAGAACAGGGCACUCACAGAUUACAGAGUGGAUGAGCUGAGAACAGUGUAUUUGGAAGUGUUUUGCACCACGAAGACCACAGUAGACAACCCUCUUCUAGCACCCACAAGUGCUCCAGGAAGAAAAAGUUUUAUCGUCAUCGAUGAAGGUACCCUCGAUGAGAGCCAAGGCUACUGGUGCGAGGACGAGGAUGAUGGCGCAGAAGGCUUCCUGGACGCCUUUGAGGAUUGCUUCUGGGUCUACGACGAUGAGUCUUACACGUGGUUUCAGCGGAAGUUCCAAGGUCGUAAGUUGCGACGUGGAAAAGGAAAGGGCAAGGGCCGGAAAGGAAAAGGCAAGGGCCACGGUGGCCGACGCUUUUUCAAACGCAAGAAAGGGAAGGCCCAUGCCGCCGAAGACGUCAGCGCUAGCGACUGGGCAUGGAACGAAGAAUGGCAUGAUUGGAGCUAUGAAGCCUGGACAGAAACUGAUUGGCAGGAAGGAGCUGACGACUCCUAUGCAGCCGAAGGUCGGAAAGGAAAGGGCAAAGGCAAGGGCAAGUUCUUCAAGGGAAAGGACAAGAAAGGAAAGGACGGCAAGGGCGACCAUGCCAAUGCCACCUCGGAAGCCCAGAGGACUGCUGCCUUGGCAGGCCCAGGUACUCCGGCCAUAGCUAACGCCUUUUGGGUGCAGCACCACAGUUUUGUGUCCGAAGCGGUUUACAAGCAGGACUCCAACGAAGAAGAUGUUCCCAAGUCUUUUUUGACACAUGCUUUGUCCCCUACCUCUAUGGUUUUGGACAUCGGUUGCACACGGGCUAUGACCUCGAGACAAGCAGCGAAAGAGUUCAUGGGUUUCGUGGACCAUCAUCCAGACUGUGGUUUGUGGUACGAGUUACGACCUACAAACAGUCAUUUCUCUUUUGCCAACAGCGAGAUGGCCCAGUGCAAGGAAAAGAUUGUGAUCUUCAUGUACGAUCUUUCCUACACGAUUCAGUCGACCGAAUUUGACAUCGUUGAUCAGGGCACAGUUCCCUUCUUGAUGUCGUUACCUCAGAUGAGGAACCUUCGCUUCAAGAUCUCGUUAGAGCCUGACGAAGCCCUUCUGUCAAGUUCAGUUCUGGGCAUGAAGAACCUUCCUUUGAAGGUUGCUCGAAGCUCACACUUGAUGAUCGAUCUUAUAGAUGUAGCCUGGCAUAUGUGGGGAGUUCGUUUCGAUGCACACAAGAAGGUGAGUUUCUUCAUGACGAACGAGCACCACUUCGAGUAUGGCUACAAGUUGGUCACGAAGGAAUGCUCCCCUCCAGGGGAGGAAUCCUCAGAAGCCUUGGUUGUGGAGGACGAAUGGCACUUGGACGAAGGCAACCAUCGUCUAACCCGAGUUCACCGCAAGGAGCGAGUUCAGUCCUUUGCGCCAUCGAAAGGGAAUACUCCCAUACCACUCGAGUACCUCGACACGAUUCGGGAGACCACCAUCAACUACAAGGAUGGCAUGAAGGAAACGCAGAAUGAUGAAUGGAAGGACAAGCCUCCCGUCAAGUUUCCUAAGCCGUGGUUAGGUAGAACCGUUUUCAAGAUUCUGCCAGGUGGCAUAGAGAAUCGCACCUCUGUGAAGGUGAGUACUCGGGGAAAAGGCCCCGGGCGCAGAGGAAAGCCUGAUGACGAAGUCGUCAAGGCACCUGCUAGGAAGAAAAUUACAGGCAAAAAGCCAGAUUCUGGCUUAAUGCCACAUCCUUCAAGAAAGGAAGGCUCUCCUUUAGGAGAGGGAUCCUUGCGAAAAGAAGGCAGCUCUUCCCCAGAAGAGGCACCUUUACCUUUCUCUCCAGGAGAGCUCUUUGCAGAUGAGGACGAAGACCCAUUUCCAGAGCUGAAGGGUAAGGGUGUCGAGACAACUAAAUGGGAUGAUCAGUACUCUCCUUCUGAAGCUCCAGUGGAGCAGCCAGAGCCGUCUCCAGAGUCUAAAGAAGACAAUGCGCCUGAGGAGCGCUUCGAUCCAGAACCUAGGCGUAUAGCGCUACCUCUUCCCGGGCAAGAAGUUGCCCGCUCUUCUCCGGCCUUUCGACGCAUGAUUGAAAAGCUGCGAAGUGAUGUGGAGCUGUACAAGUUGCAUGUGAAGCAUUACCACAUGAGUUCCGCGCAGUUUCGUAGGCGUACGUCCAUGUUAGGCCUUCCUGAAGAGAUUUACGAAAAGUACGACCGCAUCGUCAAGUCAUGCAGGGUUUGCGGAACAACAGUUCCGGCACCGCCGCGAGCCAGAAUCGCAGGCCUUCGUGCCGCGUCGUUCGGAGAUCUUAUUUUUGUCGAUCAUGCUGAAAUCAAUUACGGAGAAAAGAGUUAUAUCACUCUUUUGAUUCUCGACGGCGCGUCUAACCUGCUUUGGGCUACGGCCCUCGUUGGACUCGAGGUUACCGAAACCCUUGCCGCAUUUCGGAGAUGGAUCGAAGAGAACAACUGUGUUCCGAAAGGAGUAGUAGGUGAUCAAGCCUUUUUCGCUGAUGAAUUCCUGGCAUUUUACCGCUUCCAUGGGAUAACACCUUAUCCCUGCGGGCCAAGAACGCCGUGGCCGAACAGAGCAGAAACAGCAGUUCGUCUUUUCAAAAAGACAUGGGCAAAAAUGACAAAGGCUCUCAGAGAAGAAGGUUUCCUUGAAAGCAUCACUGUUAGGGAUGCUGUGAAGAAGGUUGUUUGGGCAAGGAAUUGCCAACUCACAAUCUCUGGCCAUUCACCGCUAGAAAUAGCCACAGGGCGUAGACCGCCUGAUCUGUUGGACGUCGAAACAAGUUCACCUGAACAAUUGUCAGCUUUGGCCCCUCGAGAGGACAGGACCAAUCAGGAGUUGCAACGCAUUGCUAUGCGAGCACAUCAAGAGGCAAGACAGGCCCAGGACCUUCGAAGCGACCUGGCUCGCCGAGUCAUGCCCUCAGAUGGUCCUUAUGUCAAGGGGGACAAGGUGUUUGUUUGGAUGAAGGAUGAGUCUAAGAUAAAGUCAGAAGGAGUAUGGGUUAGAGGCAAGGUCAUGGGACAGGAAGGUGCGAUGGUCAUUGUUCAUGUGCAUCAAGCCAUCCUUCGAGUGAAUCAGUCAAAGAUUCGUAGAGACCAUGACCCCUGGCAUGAUGUCCAUAUUGCUCUUGACAUGGACAAGGUACCAGGAGGCUCUCCACCGGGAGAGGAACCUGGUGGUUUGUUUUGUGAAUACGAGCCACAAUGUUGCGCUGAACACGAAAUUUGUUAUCACACGCACGGGGGAAGAUUUUGUGAUGUCCUUGAAAUCGCCCCAGGGCCUACGGGAAUCACGGCCUGUAUGGCUCGGCACGGGAACAGAAUCGGAGAGCCAGUUCACGUGGAAAGUUGGCAGCCAGAGGCGAUCCAGCAGAGUAUCGCCUCGGCAUGGAAAACUCUGUUGCAUGCGUCACCCACGCUUGUGGUGAUCAACCCAACGAUACCUGAUUCACUUGUGAGAAACAAGAAGGCCAUCAAGACUUACUGGCAUUUUUGUGCAGAAGUCGUUAGAUGGCAGGAUCAGAAUCAAGGUGAAGUUGCUGUCGUGGGGUUGACAGACCAGGGAUUUUUCACAUCACAGGUACUGAUCGUAGUGAUUAUCGACAAGAGAGUCUUUUCCAAGACCUCCUUGAGGAUUUCGACGAUGGAGAUUUGUGUUCUCUGUGUUUGCGUGCUGAUAGGAACAGUGAAGUUCGUGACGAGUUCUCUUGUUCAAGGACUCAGGGCGAUUGAAGGUCUUGCUCCUGGAACAGAGCUGGAGGUGAAUACCUCCACCACUCAGGAGGCUCAGUCGCUGAGAGGAGUCCUCAAAAACAUCAGGACUUUGACACUUCCGUAUCUCGAGUUUGAGAAUUGCAAUGUCUACCGGGGGACUUUUGGUAAGGUUCUUCCUGUUAUUCAGAGACAUCCUGAUGCCGUCGUGAUCAUGUGGAAGUUAGGAGACUAUGAACAUGUGUUUUUCAUGAACCUCGCGCAGCUUAUCCCAUGUCUAAGGGACGUAGCGGUGUCAGGAUGGUCGUUGAUCGUGUUUUGGAAUGAGAUCGGUCCUCCCAGGAAAAGGAGAGGUCCAGACGUGUCCCUGGACUUUACCGAUCAGCCAGUUCCAGAUGCACCUCCACCAGGCGUGCCUCCUGGCACCUCUAGUGGAGAUGAUCCUGAAAAUCCUCCUGGAGGCGGUCCUCCAGGACAGGUACCGGGAUACCAGGACUACCAUGACACACCCGUGCCGGGUGAUAUGUCGUGGGAUGAAGGUGAGGAAGAGACUCAGGGUGGCCCUUCAGGGCCGGGACCUGAUGGCCCUCCAGAUGGAGCGGCAAUUCCGAUAGAUGUGGAUGGAGAUGACGGAGGAAAUCCUCCAGGACAGGGGGCCUUUCCGCCUGGAGGCGGUCCUCCAGGACCGGGACCAGGGUUCGGGCCUUCGCCUGAAGACUUCGAGGAUGGCGGAACUCCUAUGGAAGUUCAUAUGGAGCCGCCGCCUCCAGGUCCUCCGCCUGACGAACCGGCGCAUCCGAUUCCCGCAAGUGCGGCACCAAAACUGCGUUUCCCUGUUUACCCAAACAAGAUUCCGGAGGCCGCUGUGCCUCUUCCGGGUCAGCCGUUGCCGGAGAAAAAGGGAGAUCCGCAGGUUUCCGCUCCGUUUCCAGACGAGGAUGAGACAGAUCCGACCGCGUCUUCUUCACAGCCUAGCGGACCGCCAGGACUUCCCGUGGCGGAAGGAGAGUUUCCGAUUCAGCAAACUCCCGUCGCGCCUCCGGCUACGGACGCGCCAGUGCCGGACUCAGACUCAGACGAUAGCCAGGCGACGCGAGAUUACGGUGAGUCGUCUCUUGCUUCCUUGGUCGAGGGGGAGGAAGAUGUUCUUCUGGUCCUUCCUCACGAUUUGAGUCCGCCGCAGUGGGCUGUUUUUGAUGGUGAUGCGUUUGCGUCGUGGCUUACUAAGCAGGAUAAAAUUAAGGCUGGUACGAUCACACAGGACAUGCAGCGUAAGUACGCCAAGGAAAUCCGAGCCGCGAAAUUGGACGAGUUCAAGAGCUACUUGGAUAAUGAUGCCCUUCGAUUUGUCGAUCGCAGGAAAAAGCAGGCCAACUCCGCGGACAUUGGCAUUUUGUUUGCGGACCGGCUCGCGGCGGACAUCCCCCGCGCGGACGUGGACGUCCGCGAGCCAGGGCUUGACCUAUAUUGUCGCGGACAUUGGCGGACACCUGGCGGACACCUGGCGGACAAGGCACGCAAGCGUCCCGAGGACAAGAAUGCCUGGGAUCAGCAGACGGAUAGUGCAACUGCUACGCGAUACGGUUUUCGUUUGGUCUGUCAGUGCGCUGCCAAUAAUUUCUGGGAUUUGUUUCAUUUGGACCUUAAGACUGCGUUUCUUCAGGGGGAACACUAUAACUUGCAGCAUCGCAGCGUGAUUGUUCAGCUGCCUCCCGACAUUGGUUUGCCGCCUUGGAUGGUCGGUCUCUGUUUGCGGCCGGUGUAUGGCCUCCACGACGCGCCGCGUCGAUGGUGGAAUCGACUCGACAAGUUCCUGCGGACCAUCGGCCUGCAGCCCACAAGGGCAGACCGAUGCACCUAUGUAGGAUACGAAGGAGUCGAAAAGCAGAAAUCGGCAGCAAAGAUCGCAGAAGAGGUAAGUCUAUUCCAAGAAGGAUGCUCUCCUCUAGGAGAGGAACCGCCAAUAGGAGACUUACCGGGCAUCAUCACAGAGUCUCCACUAGCUGCGUUGUUAUCUGCUUGUGAAGAACCGCCGUCUUCUCCCGACACCGCGGUAGAAAGGUCCUAUUUAGCAUACCCCGACAUUGUGCAAGCCUUUAAGACCAAGCACCUGGUUGAGUAUGACUGGAGGCCAGUCACUGAUAAAACCUUGCUUGACUUUCUUGGUGGCGUUGCCCACAAGAAGAGAGGCUGGUUCCCUUUCGAGAACGGCCAGGCCCUUGUGUCCCACAGGGCGAAGGCUUUGAGAGGUCCUGAACCGACCUAUAAGAUUAAGGAUUAUCCCUACCGGGUAUCUAUUAUCUUGCGCCAAGGAACCUGGUGGGUGAUUGAAAAGGCUCAGGACCUUAGGAACAAUAACGAGCCGAGCUAUCUCGAGGAGGAGGCCGAAGUGCUCGUGACACUGUUCCUUCCUGAAAGGGCGGCCUACAAGACCACAGAACAGCUUCCUCAGCUUACCCCUGAACUUGUAGAUCAGCUCUUAGAACACUUUGUUGAUCCUGUUCAUGGUAGCCCUAGUAAGCACAGGAAGUCGGUAGGAGUCCUCAGCCUUCAUGUUGAUGACCUGAUCAUCGCUGGAACCCCAAGUUUCCUGAAGUGGUUCUUGGCUAGGGUCAAGGAACAUUUCACCAUUGGACAUGAAGACAAAAAUGAUCUUAUGUUCACUGGUCAGAGGGUUCGAUGGGUUGUUGACGACAAGGGCAGUAAGAAGUACAUCUCAAUUGAUCAGAAGUUGAGCGUCUCAGAGCUCGAAGAGAUCGUCAUCCCCAAACACUUGAAGGACACUGAUGUGUGUGACAAACAACUUCACACCUCCUACAGGUCUUUGCUAGGUAGUAUCAACUGGUUGCAGUCCAGGACUCAGUUUCAGGCUUGUUACUCAUUCUCACGUCUCGCAUCGGCCUCAGCUGCACCUACGGUUGGUCACUGUAAGGAGCUGAACAAGCUCUGUCGACAAAUCAGGAGUGAAGAGGUGGAGCUUAGGAUUUGGCCAGUCCAAGGCACACCUCGCAUCUUCGGCAUUCCAGAUGCUGCUUUCAGAAACAACAGUGACAAGUCCUCACAGAGAGCGAUGACAGUGUUUAUCGCCGAUCAAAGGGUAAAGAAUCGUAGGGACACCAGAGGCUCCCUGAUUUUCUUCGAAUCCACUAAGAUCAAGAGGACUACCUUGAGCACGACAGUUGCUGAGCUGUAUGCCUUGAUGAAGUGUUUCGGCACCUGUCAGAUGCUAAGGGGUUUGUGGAAGGACAUCAGUGGUCUAGAUGCCGAGAUCCAUAUGCGAACUGAUGCAAACAAUUUGGUUACAACUGCUUCAACCACUCAUGCCCCUGAGCAACAAGAAACCAUACACAUGAUACAGAUGCUUCGAAAGGAAGCUUGCUCUGGGGCCAUUGCGGACCUCUCACAUGUGCGCACAGAACACUGUCUGGCGGAUUGUUUGACGAAACGGUCUGCCAAAUCCACCAAUUUGGUUCAGUCAGUUCAAAAGGGCUGGCUGAAGGAGAUAGAUGCUCAUCCCCCCUUUAGGUCUCUUUUGGAACACAAAGCUUUUCUGAGCGCCUGGCUCCGGAAGGAGCUGUCGGGUUUUCAGUUUUGCAGCAAGGUGUGUUUCAUGAUCAGUUCUUGUGAAAAGAAAGACUGA